AUGCUCCUUAGUCUUUUCAUUACCAUUACUCUCGCCUGCUUCAGCAACGCCCAAGCAUGCGGUAGCAUUACUUGCGGUGCAAAUGAAGAACGCGUAGAGAUUGGCGGAAUGCUCGCGUUCGACGAUCUACCAGGCCUCCCUAUACGACCAGGCACAAAUGUGGUUGUAGGCUGGCCACGUCAAGGACGGCGUGGUUUAACGAUAGCCUACGGCAAUCCGACCGGCGUCACAAUAGGAAUUACUAUCAACAGUAUACUCCGAGAUACUGGUGUUUCAUUUACGGCUACACCCGCAAUCGGCUACACAGAGAUUACUCUCGAUGCCGAUCCGCGCCAUUAUUUCGGACAUCCAGUGGAGAUUCUUAUUACCUACAUCCCUGACUUCCCUCCUGCAGAAAACACUAUUGGAAGCAGUUUCCGAACAACUCCUUCUGGUCCUUCGUGCGAUGGAAAAUGCGGUGUCAAAGAAGGCCAUCUGACAGGUUAUUAA